GCCCACCUUUGCCUCCCAAAGUGCUGGGAUUACAGGCGUGAGCCACCGCACCCAGCCUGCGUGUGUCACUCUUCAGCUGAAAACGCUGCAGAGCUGCAUGACUUUCCAGAGAUGGUUCACACCCACCACCCAUCCCAGGUCCACCCCUCCUGCUUCCUCUCUGGUAGCCUGAGCAGAUCUCUGCACCUUUGUGUGUGCUGUUGCUUCUCCCCAGAUUGCCCUUCCCCGCCUCUGCCUGCCUGGUGAACUGCCAGUUCCUCCUACAAGCUCAGCUCAAGCCUCAUCUUCUGAUGCUCUUCCUUUGCCCCUCAGCACUAACCAUCUCCUCCUUCAUUGUGCUUUCUAUGUUUUCGCACCAUAGGGCUGACCACCCAGGCCUACAGGGCGACCAGUGACCCGGCACAGCUAUGGCCUGCUCACCCUAGCCACCUGAUGUUCAGCAUGGCAUCAAGCUGUCAUCCUGAAACUCCCUGGGAUCUCAUAGGCAAGGCAAUGACCCAGGAUGCAGCCAGGGGCCACGACAUGCACAGAGGACCGCAUCCAGCAUGCCCUGGAACGCUGCCUGCACGGACUCAGCCUCGGCCGCCGCUCCACCUCCUGGUCAGCUGGGCUGUGUCUGAACUGCUGGAGCCUGCAGGAGCUGGUCAGCAGAGACCCGGGCCACUUCCUUAUCCUCCUUGAGCAGAUCCUGCAGAAGACGCGAGAGGUCCAGGAGAAGGGCACCUACGACCUGCUCACCCCCCUGGCCCUGCUCUUCUAUUCCACUGUUCUUUGUACACCACACUUCCCACCAGACUCGGAUCUUCUUCUGAAGGCAGCCAGCACCUACCACCGGUUCCUGACCUGGCCUGUUCCUUACUGCAGCAUCUGCCAGGAGCUGCUCACCUUCAUUGAUGCUGAACUCAAGGCCCCAGGGAUCUCCUACCAGAGGCUGGUGAGGGCUGAGCAGGGCCUGCCCAUCAGGAGUCACCGCAGCUCCACCGUCACCGUGCUGUUGCUGAACCCAGUAGAAGUGCAGGCCGAGUUCCUCGCUGUAGCCAAUAAGCUGAGCACCCCCGGACACUCGCCUCACAGUGCCUACACCACCCUGCUCCUGCAUGCCUUCCAGGCCACCUUUGGGGCCCACUGUGACGUCCCGGGCCUGCACUGCAGGCUGCAGGCCAAGACCCUGGCAGAGCUUGAGGACAUCUUCACGGAGACCGCAGAGGCACAGGAGCUGGCAUCUGGCAUCGGAGAUGCUGCAGAGGCCCGGCGGUGGCUCAGGACCAAGCUGCAGGCGGUGGGAGAAAAAGCUGGCUUCCCUGGGGUGUUAGACACUGCAAAACCAGGGAAGCUCCAUACCAUCCCCAUCCCUGUUGCCCGGUGUUACACCUACAGCUGGAACCAGGACAGCUUUGACAUCCUGCAGGAAAUCCUGCUCAAGGAACAGGAGCUGCUCCAGCCAGGGAUCCUGGCAGAUGAUGAAGAGGAGGAGGAGGAAGAGGAGGAGGAGGAGGAGGAGGACUUGGAAACGGAUGGGCAUUGUGCCGAGAGAGACUCCCUGCUCUCCACCAGCUCUUUGGCGUCCCACGACUCCACCCUGUCCCUCACAUCCUCCCAGGCCUCAGGGCCGGCCCUCUCGCGCCAUCUGCUGACUUCCUUUGUCUCAGGCCUCUCGGAUGGCAUGGACAGCGGCUACGUGGAGGACAGCGAGGAGAGCUCCUCCGAGUGGCCCAGGAGGCGCGGCAGCCAGGAACGCCGGGGCCACCGCAGGCCUGGGCAGAAGUUCAUCAGGAUCUAUAAACUCUUCAAGAGCACUAGCCAGCUGGUACUGCGGAGGGACUCUCGGAGCCUGGAGGGCAACUCGGACACGGCCCUGCCCCUGCGGCGGGCAGGGAGCCUCUGCAGCCCCCUGGACGAUCCAGUAUCGCCCCCUUCCCGGGCCCAGCGCUCCCGCUCCCUGCCCCAGCCCAAACUCAGUACCCAGCUGCCCAGCUGGCUUCUAGCCCCCGCUUCACGUCACCAGCGCCGCCGCCCCUUCCUGAGUGGAGAUGAGGAUCCCAAGGCCUCCACGCUACGUGUUGUGGUCUUUGGCUCCGAUCGGAUUUCAGGGAAGGUGGCCCGGGCAUACAGCAACCUUCGGCGGCUGGAGAACAAUCGCCCACUCCUCACACGGUUCUUCAAACUUCAGUUCUUCUAUGUGCCUGUGAAGCGAAGUCACGGGACCAGCCCUGGUGCCUGUCCACCCCCUCGGAGCCAGACGCCCUCACCCCCGACAGACUCCCCUAGGCACGCCAGCCCUGGAGAGCUGGGCACCACCCCAUGGGAGGAGAGCACCAAUGACAUCUCCCACUACCUCGGCAUGCUGGACCCCUGGUAUGAGCGCAAUGUGCUAGGCCUCAUGCACCUGCCCCCUGAAGUUCUGUGCCAGCAGUCCCUGAAGGCUGAAGCCCAGGCCCUGGAGGGCUCCCCCACCCAGCUGCCCAUCCUGGCCGACAUGCUACUCUACUACUGCCGCUUUGCCGCCAGACCGGUGCUGCUGCAAGUCUAUCAGACGGAGCUGACCUUCAUCACUGGGGAGAAGACGACAGAGAUCUUCAUCCACUCCUUGGAGCUGGGUCACUCCGCUGCCACACGUGCCAUCAAGGCUUCGGGUCCUGGCAGCAAGCGGCUGGGCAUCGAUGACGACCGGGAGGCUGUUCCUCUAACACUACAGAUUAUUUACAGCAAGGGGGCUAUCAGUGGACGAAGUCGCUGGAGCAACCUGGAGAAGGUCUGUACCUCCGUGAACCUUAACAAGGCCUGCCGGAAGCAGGAGGAGCUGGAUUCCAGCAUGGAGGCCCUGACGCUAAACCUGACAGAAGUAGUGAAAAGGCAGAACUCCAAAUCCAAGAAGGGCUUUAACCAGAUUAGCACAUCGCAGAUCAAAGUGGACAAGGUGCAGAUCAUCGGUUCCAACAGCUGCCCGUUCGCUGUGUGCCUGGACCAGGAUGAGAGGAAGAUCCUGCAGAGUGUAGUCAGAUGUGAGGUUUCACCCUGCUACAAGCCGGAGAAGAGCGACCUCUCCUCGCCACCCCAGAGGCCUCCCAACCUGCCGGCCCAGGCCGCGCCUGAUCUCUGCUCCCUUCUCUGCCUGCCCAUCAUGACUUUCAGUGGAGCUCUGCCCUAGUGUGGGCCCAGCACCAGACUGGACAGAAGCCCUGGGGCAACCUCCUCUGUGAGCCCUCCGGGACAGUCCCUGUCUGUGGAGAACGGAGUGGUCCUGUGCAGAGACAGUCCCACUGUGGGUCCUGCAAUGGGCAGGGUGUGGGGGUACAGGGUUUCUGGGGUCUCAGCGUUCUGGGAAAGGAACAGCUAUCAGGGAGAGAAGGGCCAGACCCCAUAGCCUCUCAGAUUCCUCGCAGUAGAAGGAGAAGAAUGGAUAAAUUGACCUCCGAAGUCCCUGACCACUACAUGGUCUAGGAUGCUUUCUAGAAGGAAGAUCUGAGGCUCUGGUGCUCAGGGGGAUGGCUUGGGCCUUUUCUCUCAACCUUGGCUGAGCCUACCCCUUACUUUGUCAAAGACUUGAGGACCCUGUAUGUCUGGAGUUCAGUCCCCUCCUCUCUGGGGGCUCAGGUGACUGAAAUGUGGAUGAAAUAUUUCUCUACUUCAAGACCACCUCUCCCUCCAAACACACACACACACACACACACACACACACACACACACACACACCCCCCAACAAUUUCUCUCUGUCAGGUUUCCUGAUUCUCUGGAAGAACAGCACUAAUGCUGCACCUGUCUACUCUUAGAACCCGGCACAGAUUCUCUCUUGAUCUCCUUUUUGGAUCUGAGAUUCUUGGAAGACAGUAUAGGCUGAAAUUCAGUAGCAGCUCCGUUCUAGCUAAAUCACCAGAGGAAGUUAAUUACCUUUGAGCCUCCAUUUCCUCAGCACUAAAAUGGAGUGGAGAGUUGGGGUGGAAAUAAGACAUCCUGAAAAGGUGAAAUUGUCUGCAAAGCACCUAGCCCAGCGCUGAGCUCCCAGUAGGUGCUCAGUAAAGCUUAGCACCUGACUUUCUGAACACCGAUUCCUCCUGUUUGGAGCCACUGGGAUACUCUCACCUCCGUUGGGAUGCUCCUCACUCCUUCCCAGUUCAUGGCUGAGGCAGAACCCAGACUGAAGGGGGAAGAGACGUUCCAGACAUUCCAGAGACCUUCAUCAGGGUAAGGGGUGGGCUGCUCAGGGGCCCCACCCUUCAGCCCCUUCUGUAUCACAUUGGCCCUCCCACUCCCAUCUCAAUCUUUGUGUGCAAAAUCUUCCAUGCCCGCAAAUUCACUGGCACUCUUCUGGCACCUGGGCAAGAUCCCAGAACAGAGGAUGGAGUGACCGGUCUCACAGAGCUUAGUGCCCAACUCAGGGGAAAUGGCACUGGUGCCUGGGACAUGGUCAGCCUAGGACAGGACAUGAGAGUCUAAGAUUCAAAGAGAGCAGCUUGAAGUGGUUUAAGAAGCUAGAAACCAACGUGGACUAGAGAGAUGGGGCAGAAGUCAAGACCAGGGUUUGGACUGACAGACGUGGAGAAAGCAGCCAUGGAAGCGUGAACUGUAUCCCACACAAAGUCCCUCUUCCCCUCCUCCUAACUCAUUAUGCCUAAAAGGUCUUACAUGAAAUUCCAGCCCAGAGUACUCAUGACUUGAGAGAUGUGGACAGAGCCAGCUUCUACCUUGCCUGGCCAUUUCUCCCGUCUUUUUUUUUUUUUUUUU